AUGCAAACACUGUGUGUGAAACAUUUGUAUAAUGAUACAGUUGAUGACAGUGAUUCUAGGAGAAGAGUAUGUUAUGUUAUAGUAGGAAAUCAAAGUAUACAAGUAAAAUCAACAACACCUACUACUACACAUAUGAUUACAACAUCGGUUACCACUUCACAUGUGGAAACAACAACCCCUACAACUACACAUGUACCAACAACAACGCCUACCAUUACACAUGAACCAACAACCUCGCCUACCAAUACACAUGAACCAACAACUUCGCCUACCACUACAAAUUUACAAACAACAACGCCUACCACUACACAUAUGAUUACAACAACCUCUACUACGCCAGUUGCAUCAAGUCCUGAUAUUACGAGCAAUCCUACAACACUUUUUACCAUUACACAGGUUACUAGAACAACUGCACAGAACACAUCAAUAGCACCAACAACCCAAUUUGCUAGUUCAGUAUCUGCAAGCCAAAACGCCCAAGCAACAUGCAGUGAUAAACCUGGAGUAAAUUGUACUGUCCUAAUGGUAACCAAUAUUUGUUCUACAGCUGUAGCCAAUACCUUAUGUACCAGAUCGUGCAAUCAUUGUCCUCCUUGUGAAGAUAAACCGGAAGUAGAUUGCACACUGUUUGUUGCCAGCAAUAUCUGUAAUGUACCAACAGCAAAGAUCUACUGUGCAAAGACUUGCAAGCACUGUAUGCCAGUUGAUGUUGUAAAUGGACCUCCAGUUGGAUAAACCUAUCUGGUCAAUUAGGCCUUCACUAUUUUCAAUUCUUUGUUAAUAAAUAAA